AUGUACUCCCAACCCUCGGGCACGUGGGCCGGCGGGGACCCCCAUCUCGAGAUCGAUCAAUGGCUCCUCGGCUCCAGCCUCGAUCCUACCUCAGAGCAAUGGCUGCAAGGCCUUGUUGAGGACGUACCCAAUCAAUCCUGGUCCCCGUUCGCCCCAUACAAUGACCUUUCGACUGCAUUGGAUGCUCGCGAGUCACCUCCGCCGCCAAAGCGACGUCGCGGCCGGUUGUACAAGUGCGAUGGCCGUCGACCAGUUUGCGCCAACUGCGAGCGUUCUCGUCGACACACCUGUCACGGCUUCAAUCGGACCGGGUCUCCCGCCAGUGCACGUGACUACUUCAAUGUCGAAGCCCGUGUACCCAACACCGGGUCAAAGGCGAGAGUCACGGCAGCACCGGCGUCUGUCCAACGGGAUUACGGAAGGUUGUUCUAUGUCACCACGCCGCCUGCUGCCUAUGACGGGAACCAUGUCGCAGGAAUGACCGAGGAGGACCGUGGCAGUGACAGCGUUAAUCACCCGAGAAAAUCAAUCAAUGAGCAGACCACUGGCUACAUCGGAGAAGACGACCCCGGGCUUUUGCGGCACUACCAAAGCGUGGUCAGCCCUUUUCUGAUGCCAACCAUCGAUCCUUCACGCAAUCCGUAUCUUCAGAUCUAUCUCCCGCUGGCUACUCAUCAUCGGCCGUCACGUUUCACUGCUGCACUUCACCAUGCUCUUCUCUGCGUGGCCGGCUCCCACAUGCAGCAAAUUGAGAACACUCGCGCCCACCUCCGUCGAGACACAGAAGCUCACGGAAAGGAGGCAGAGAAGUUAAUUCUGGAGGCAACAGGCCACCUUGCCAGACAGUCGGAUGACAACAAAUACACCCUUCUAGCUGCGGCUCUAUCGAUGCUUCAAGCCGAUGUGUUCGGCGGCGAGACUCUGCGUUGUGACGCUCAUCUGGAUCUCGCGAGGAAUACCGCGGAGCGGGCUGGCGGACCGGAGUUCUGGCAAUCGAGCGCCACAGCCAGGACACUCUACCAGAUGUUCAAGUGUUACGUGGUCAUUGCGACCACUGCGAAGGUAGCGAACCGACAUCUCGGUGUCACGGCAAACAUCGCAGCGCUUCCGUUCCAGGCAUCGAAUCCUAUCGUCAGCGAGGGACAACACGAAGCAGAGGAGCGAGACUACGACCAAACGGUCACGUUUCCAUCCACCGCAGAAUACAACUUGGACAUUUCUUUCGGUAUUAGCUUGAGGACGAUCUCCCACCUCCACCGCGCUCUGCAAAUCGAGCGACAACUUGUAAACGAAGAUGUGAGUGAGCGAGAAUUGGAUCUUUUACCGACGUCCAUAGACGCGCUGAGAUCCGAGCUGUUUGCUGUCGAAAGGGAUAAGGCGGCUUUUGCUUCGAAAGGUGACGAUUCGAGCGCAUCUUCGUUCAGCGGCGCUACUCCCGAAGCCCGAAUGGGUGGUUCUCCCAUCAACGGUGUUCAGGCUUCCCUGCCACCCGUCAUUCGGGAUGAGCUCGCCGAGAACCACCAGUGGGCUUUCCACUACGCGGUGAUUGUCUUCUUCGGCCGCAUUCUCGCAAGAAGUGGUCUGGACAACCUUUCUGGCCCAGAGCAUCGACAUGGCGAAUUGAGGGGUGACCUGGACCAAAGCCAUGAGUUACCAGCGCCGGGCGCCACAUAUCAGACGUUGGUGGGAAGGGUUUUCGACCAUUUGGAGAACAUCGAUGCGCUGACCAAAGGGUCGAGCGUGCAGCCUGCCAAUACUCUCUGGCCAGUCUUUAUUGCUGCAGCGGAGGCUUUCGACGUUCAGCUGCGCCGAAGGGCGCUUAUCCUAUUCAACAGAGCUUCGAAGAGAGGUAUUGGAAACAUUGCUCGUGCGAAAGAGUUGGCAAUGGAAGUUUGGCGACGAGUCGACCGGCAGACGGAUGCAGAUGGGUCGCUGUGUGGUGUCACCAGCGGCCUUGGUCCCGUAGAUUGGAGGUCGGUGAUGAAGGAGAUGGGGUGCUCUAUCAUGCUCACCUGA